AUGCACACGCAGCCCAUGCAGAGACAUGCUGAACAGCCCCGAUCAGAUGACACAUUUAAGCAACAACAGCUGCAGCUGCUGGUGCAGCACCAGCUCCAGCACACACGGAAACAGCAACACCCAACAGACAGCCCGCAAAUGCAGAGUUUGGAUCAUAACCAACCUCCACUGCCGCUGUCGCACACUCACGAGCUGCGGCUGCUGCACGAAGAACAGCAACGGCAGCAACAGCAGCAACAGCAGCACCAAAACAUCUUGCCCCAGCACCAGCAGCACCAGCUGGAGCACCAGCAACAGCACCACCACCCGCAGCUUUUGUCUGUUCAAGAGCAGCAGUAUCACCAGCAGCAACAGCAACAGCAGCAGCAGCCAGCAGCUCACCUUAACGCUGCCUCCAAGUGCUUAAGUGCAAUCCACUCCGAGUCCUCGGGGAACUUGGUGCUGGGCCUGUCACUGCUUCCAGCGCUAACGGCAGCAGCAACAUCAGCAACCCAAACAGCACUGCAUGCAGCAACGGUAACAGCAAGAGUAGCAGGCGCCCCAGCGUCAGCAGCAGCAGCAAACGUGAAGCCGAAAGCUGCUCCCCGGAAGCGCCGCAGCAGAGCCAAAGCUGCGCAACCGAAGAAGAGCCCUGCAUCUGUACCUCUAGCGCCAAUUCCCCUUCUCUCAGCGACAGCAACAACAACAGCAGCGGCGACCUUCAGGUCUCACGAAGAAGCAGUUUCAGGGGAAAUAGCGGCAGCGCAGGCAGCUGCCGUUCAAGCGGCUCUUCAAGAGAAACAGUUGCUGCAGCAACAAACAGCACUGCAGUUGCAGCCCCCUAAGAAGCCCAAACCCAGAGUUCGACGGAACGCCCAACAGCAGCAGAAGCAGCAACAGCAGCAGCAGCAACAGGCGUUGGCUCCUACCACUGCAGUUUCUCCCAUUGAUCGGACGCUCAUCGGUUGCCCCAAUAGUCAGGGCAGCUCUGUUUUUGCUGCUGGCAGCAGCAGCAAUGGGUGGGCGCUUCCAUCGCUGCCCCUACCAGCACAUCCGCAGCACUGCGGGCAGCAGCAGCAGCAACAGAGACAGACACAGCAGCAAUGCCAGUACAGGACACUGCAAGCAGCAGAUGGAGCAGAUGCUCAACAGCAGCAGCAUCUGCUGCUGCCUCCGACAGGCAGACUCAGUAUGAAAGCAUCUCCUUCAAGCGUCCCCGUGCUGCAGCUGCUGCGGCCUCAACAGCAACUGCAGCAAUUGCAGAAAGAGCUGCAGGUGCAGCAGCCUUCACCGAAGCAGCUCUCUGUGUCCCACGCAGAGCUCCCGCGUGAAACUGACAAGCAGAAGCAACAGGAACAAAUGCCUCAGAAUCCGCUGGACUGCACGUGGUCACAUCACGCACUGUCUCACCAGCAGCAACAACUGCAGGAGCAGCACCAAUGCGCAUAUAUUAGACGCUGGAACCCGUAUCCCGAUUUGCCCUUUCUUUACACCGAAGAAGAGAUGGAAGUCGCAACGCGAUUAAUGCUCCAGCACAAACAACAACAGCAGCAACAGCACCAGCACCAUCAGCAGCAGCAGGUGGCUUGUCCUCCUGUUAUUGCAUCAUCCGGCACCACAGACAAACUCAGUCAGUGCCUUCGGGGGUCCCUUGAAGUCAGUGCGUGUAGUACGCCACCUGCGGGGGUGACAUCAGCACGGAGCUUCAAAUUUGCUCCUGCUCCUCCUUCACCUGCUGCUGCUACUGCUACUGCUGCCGCUGCUGCGGAAGCAACGAAAAAGAACCCUGCCAAGAGAGGCCACCUGAGGAGGCAAAGUGCUGCAGCAGCAGCAGCAACAAAACUUCUGGGAAAGAAACUUGUUGGGCCGGUUGGUGGUGCUGCUGCAGGACAGCUGUAUUCUCAGCAACAGCAGCAACAAAGCUCCACACCUACCACUACUACCAGCAGCAGUAUCUGUGUUAACGGCAGCAGCAGCACCUUCUGCAGCAUGCCAUUGGAAAACGGCAUUGGACAGCAGAGAACCCCCCCAAACUUGAGGGAAUUCAACUAUAGAGCUCGAGAGCAAACAACAUCCGCGGCAACAACAUGCAGCAAACUUACCUGCGAAGAGCUGCAGCAACAGGUGCUGCAGCAGAAGCUGCAGCAGCGAUUGCAGCAGCAGCCUUCGCUGCAGCAGCUGAUCACGACACACCCUCAGGUUCAUAACAUGCAGCAAUCCCACAUUAUUCACCCUGGGCAGCAACAGCAACAGCUGCCGCUGGUGCAGCAGUGCCAGCUACAGCAGCAGCAACCUUACCCACAGCAGAAGCUCCCGCUGUACAUGCAACAGCACCAGGAGGUGCAGCAACAACAGCACCUCCAGCAGGAGCAGCAGCAGCAGCAACGGCAGCUUGACUCUUCGAUUGUUCAGAAGCAGCAAAGUCAGACGUGCUUCACAGGGCAGCAACACCAGCAGCAGCAGCAGCAGAACAAUGUGGCGGUACACUCCAAUGGUGCGUCGAAAGCUUCGGAGCAACAGGCAAAAGCAAAACCCCAACGACAGAAACGGCAGUCUCAGCAGAAAGGGCAGGCACAACACAACCGGGUGCAGCAGCAGCAGCAACAGCGAGACCAGCAACAGGGAGUGCAGCACCAAAUGCUGCUGCCUCACGGUUUUGAGAAUCCAGCAGAUGGGCAGCAACAGCUGCAGCACCUGCAUUUAAAGCAGCAGCAGCUGCAAGUCCUGCAACUACAAUUGCACCAGCAACAGCAGCAGCAAAAACACCAUCAACAGCUGCUUCUGCAGCAACAGCAACAGCUGGGAACGCAGCAAAUAGCCUCCUCUGUUGUACCUGCCCACAACACGAGAACAUUGAUUAUGUCUCAACAGCAGCAGGAACAGCAACAACAGCAACAAAAGCAAUGUCUGCAACAGCCACAACAACAGCAGCUGCAGCAGCAGCAGCGUACAGGCUCCCUUGGAGAUGCUCCUCAGCACGUACACCUUGUGCCUGCAACUCCGGCUGAGGGACAGCAAUCACAGCACAUUUUGCUGCUUCAGCAGCAGCAGCAACAGCAACAACAGCAGCUACAGCAGCAGCAGCAGGUCCUGCUCCAGUCGCACCACCGGCUUGAGAUGCUCUCCGCUGCGCUGCAUCAACUGAGGACUUCGCCGCCGCAGCAGCAAGAGGAGCAGCAAGCGCAACAAGCUUCAGCAGAGCAGCUGCAGCUGGGGUAUUCUAGGCAGUCAGGAACAGCAGCAACAAGUGCAGCAGCAAGCUCUGCUGCAACAACAGCUGCAGCAGCAGCACCAGCAGCAGCAGCUGCUGCUACGGACGCCACUAUCAUACAGGUGGUGCCCCUUGAAGCCGCUCCGCAGCUCCAUAUGACGCAACGGAGAUUGCUUCACUCUGCCGCAUUUGCCGCAUUCUCCCAGGCACAGCAACAGCAGCAGCAGCAACAUGCGCAGCAGCAACAGCAUGCGCAGCAACACCAGCAACAACAGCAACAACAACAACAACAGCGUUGCCAGCAGUGGGCGGCCGAUUGCCCUAUAGUGCGGCAGUGGCGAAUACGGCAACCCCAAGAAGCUGCAGCAACUGCUGCAGCAGCAGCAGCAGCUUCUGCAGCAUCUGCUCCUGGGAGUGGAGAUGGAGUACCGCCCUUGCAGGAGCGUGGAGAAGUAGAGGUUUGGGGUUCGGUGAACAGGUCAGGUGCAGCGGCAGCAGUAAUGGCGGAGGCACACUGGGCUCACGGAGCAGCAGCAGCAGCUGCUGCUGCUCUUGACGGUCGCUGCUUAACUCACAAACCACUUGCGUCAGAGGGGGGAGCAGCAAUUCCCAGCUUGCCUAAGCAGUGUCAAGCGCAGCAGCAACCGCAGAAGUUGGUGCAGCAUCAACUGCAGCAUCAGCACCUGCAAGAGCAGGAGCAACCAGAAGUAGAAAAGGGGUCAUGGGCAAGGGGGACUUUCGUGUCUUCUCUCCAUUUGCUGCCAUCUGCAGCAGCUGCUGCUGUUGGGGGCCCAGAUAAUGAGACAUGUGCAGAUUUUGCUGCUGGUGUGGAUUUUCGCAAUAAAAGGCAAAGGGCUAGCAGCCCACCACCACAGCAGCAACAACAGCAGCAGAGUCGCUGCAACAACUGGCCGUGA